UGAAGGGUGCGAAUUAACAACAGAGAGCAGGACCUAUUUAAGAUAUCCAGUAAAUAAUGAAAAAAGAUUGUUAACGGUUUCUAUGGCCUAAAUUAUAAUGGCUGAUUAAAGCUGAACUUAAAAAAGUCAGUGCUUUUGAGCAACUUUGCAGUGGCUUAAAAUGACAGCUAACACUGUGGUCGGUGACUCGCUAAAUGAUUUCAUACGUUGCAUUGCAACCGAUCCGUGUCCUAUGGAUGAAAUCCCUACAGACAUAUCCAAUGGCUUUCCUCAUGUAGACGUGGGAAGCGACGCAUCAGGAGGUGGUCUGGGUGAGGAAAGUUUCUCUAAGGAAAAGCGCAUUGAUGACUUUAUUGAUCCGAACAGCACAGAGAGUUCUCUACUCGCCUACACGGGCAAAAUUUCCAUCGGCGCUCAGUGCGCACACGGCAGCUGGAACUCAGACAGCUUGAUAAACUUGGUGUGUGCAGAAGUACAAAGCGCUGCACCUUCCCUCACCUCUUACCCUACCGCGUCUCCAGGACCCACAGACCUCUCAGGGACUCCAGCUUGUUUCAAAGGACACGAGAAGGACAUGGAGCACAUGUAUACAUCACCUCCACCUUAUAGUGCGGAUGGCUACCAGGACCCCUCGACCUACCUACCCACCAGUACAUGCCCAUUAACGUACCCGUCAACUUCCUACACGUCCCCAAAACCCACCAUAGACGGUGCGCUUUUCUCCCUCAUCCCAGAUUACGGAAGUUUUUACCAGGGCACUAGCCAAAGGGAUGCUCCAGUCUUCCAGGAUCGAAAACCGUUCUCCUGCUCUCUGGACUCCGUCAGAGUUCCUCCGCCCCUCACUCCGCUGAACAUGAUAAGAAAUUUUACUCUUUCGUGUCCGGUGGACGGAUUGAGGCCACCCACGGACUCAAACCCUCAGAGUGUCCCGUUACGACCAAUAUUGCGACCGAGGAAGUACCCGAGCCGGCCGUGUAAGACCCCGGUCCAUGAAAGGCCGUACCCGUGUCCAGCAGAGGGCUGCGACCGCAGGUUCUCGCGCUCUGACGAGCUCACGCGCCACGUGCGCAUCCACACCGGCCACAAGCCAUUUCAGUGCCGCAUCUGCAUGCGCAGCUUCAGCCGCAGCGACCACUUAACCACGCAUAUCCGCACGCACACAGGUGAGAAGCCCUUCUCGUGUGACUUCUGUGGCCGAAAGUUCGCCAGGAGCGAUGAGCGAAGAAGGCACGCAAAAAUCCAUCAAAGACAGAGAGAGAAAAGGGCGAGCGCGCUUCCUGCACAGACAUCAGGCGCUCAGGGCGCCAUGUGAAAAGUAAAUGUCCUCCUGAACCCUGACCCUGUAACACGAAAAGGGAGCUGGACAGAGGACGUUGUUAACUGUUUUCAGGACGAGAUAUAUUGUUUAAAUGGAUACGUCUCAAACCGUGCACUAACUUACUUAACCAGGGCAUGCAGAGUUCUACAGGGGCAUGUGCUCAGAUUCAAAACAUGGCAUCCACACGUCUUGGAGUGCCAACUGUGCUGCACAAUUUGAUGUCUUUCCUAUUCUAACACAUUCGAUUCAACUAAACAGUAUGUACAGGGUACCUCAGGACCUUGGCUCAGAACCCACGGUAGGCUUUAGAUUCAUUAUCAUGUGCAGUGGAAAGGCUGACCUAGACCCCUAGACUGCAUUUGUAGAGGGCCUAAAAUGUAGAAUAUGAAAUAUAAACAAGCACAUGCUUAACUGAAUAUAUUUUUACAUUGUUAUUUUACUUGAUUGGGUAAUAGAUAAGAAAGUGACUUGCCCUGCAGCCUCUAUCUCAGUUUUGCUUUCCAAAAGACAAGCAUGUAAGACAAACAUGUAGCCCCCAAAGCCUAUUCCUUUUUUAUUCACUAUGAAUAUAAAGUGAUUAAAUUACCAUUCAAUCAAGUUCCUAACAGCUGCAUUACAACUUGCUUACCAGCUUAGAUGUUAAACCUCUAUUUAGUUCAUAUAUUAUAUUUUGUUCAAUACAGUAAAACAGCAAUGUUUUCUUGGCAGGUAUGAGUUUGCUAAUUGAUAAACAUCACCUAGGUUUAGGUUAAACCUAAAUGCAUUUGGACAUAAUCACAUUGUGACACAUUGUACAACUGAUUUAGUCAUAUUAACACAGUUAUUUUUUUUCUUAACCCAUUUUGCUUAUAUUAUUGUUGGAUAUUUUACAUACAACAUAUCUUUAACUGAUAUGGGGCUCUAAACGAAUGCCCCAAUCUCUGCAUGUGCCUGGUCAUAAAAACGGUAUGUAAAAACAGUUUGAUACAGCAAAGUACUAUGCGAUUUCUAACAUGGCCUGCGUGUACAAGUCAAAAGCAGCUUUAAUCUUGUGUAUGUUUAUGUAUUUUACAUGAUCAUGGGGAAAAAAACCCUGCUGUUCCAAGUAUGCUAUUUGAGUUAUGUAUAUUUUGUUUCGUUUAUGUCUUGGUCUACUGUUUAAAAGUUUGUAACUGUUCAUUUUCAUUGUAACAUUCACAGAUCACUUUUAAAGUAUAACUGAUGCUUUUUGUAACUAGUGAUGUAAUGCUCACUUCACUACCUUACUGUGACUUUUGAGCUAAUUUAAUUUGUGUAACUGGGUCCUAGCCAAGAACUUAAUUUGUUUCUAUUGCUCAUUCUGUACACAAAAGUGUGUUCAAAUCAUGCUAUCAGGUGUAAAUCUGUAAAUAAUUUAAUUCAGAUGAUGUAGAUAUGCUGUACAUGCUGUGCUGUAAAGUGGGAAGAUAUAAAGUGCCAGGCAUUAUAUAUUUAUACCACUAGAGGCUACCCUUUGAUAUCUUUGGUGAGAAAGGAAGGUAACGUGAGUAAACCUAAGCUCUCCUUUGCACCUGGACAUUUCAAACAUAUUGUAUCUGGGUUGGCUCCAGAUGAGAUAUUAACCAUGUGCAUUUACACUUGUUGACAAAUGUAUCUAUGGUCAGAAGAAAUUUGCCUUCAUAUGUGUUCAUAUGCAAAUCAGCCCUUUAAACACCAAUUGCAUCAUUGUUCCUCACUUUUAGUUAGUUCAUUUGAAGGAUGAAACAGGUUUUUUCAAAACUUUUUAUAUUUCACUAGUAUUAAUGGCACCAACAUUAGCAUUCAUGGAACAUAAAAUUAAUUGACAUGUAUG